UCUUCACGGCGCUUUGAGCAUAUUUUUAGGCAGAGGAAGUCCAAGUAGCUAAUGAAGCGAACGGACGGGUCGAGUUGGUGUAUGUUCCGGCACGCCUAGCAGGUUGUAUGAAUCAAAUAAUACAGUUCGAAGUUAACAGCAAUGCGAUUGCGCGAGACUUAUGGUUUGAGACAAUCACAGGUCCGCUUUCUCUAUAAUAAGAGUCAACCAGCGAGACACAGAAAUCCAAACCCGUCAUCAUCGAAGAAAAGCUCACCUUCAAAAUCUCAUACAUUGAAACAUUCCUCUACAGUUAAGGACCCUGACAUUUUUGAAUGGAACAGGGUCAUUUCUUCUCACAUGCGCAAUGGGCACUGCCAAGUCGCCCUCCAAGUCUUCAACACCAUGCCUCGUCGAAGUUCUGUCUCAUACAAUGCUAUGAUAUCCGGGUACUUAAGGAACGGAAAAUUCGAUCAUGCGAGGGAUCUGUUUGAGAAAAUGCCUGAAAGGGACCUUUUUUCGUGGAAUGUAAUGCUUACCGGCUGUGUCAGGAAUCGGAGGCUUGGUGACGCCCGCAGGUUAUUUGACUUAAUGCCUGAAAGGGACAUUGUUUCAUGGAAUGCUAUGUUGUCUGGGUAUGCCCAAAAUGGAUACGUUGAUGAGGCAAGGAAUAUUUUUGAUAGGAUGCCUAAUAAGAAUUCAAUCUCGUGGAAUGGAUUGCUGGCAGCCUGUAUUCAGAAUGGAAGACUUCGUGAUGCUUGCCAGUUGUUUAAGUCAAAAUCAGACUGGGAUUUGAUUUCUUGGAAUUGUUUGAUGGGUGGGUUUGUAAAGAGGAAGAUGUUACGUGACGCCAGGCAGCUCUUUGACCAAAUGCCUGUUAGAGAUGAAGUUUCCUGGAACACUAUAAUUACAGGUUAUGCUCAAAAUGGACUUUUGUCAGAAGCCAAGAGAUUGUUUGGGGAGUCUCCAAUACGGGAUGUGUUCACAUGGACCGCUAUGGUUUCUGGAUAUGUGCAGAAUGGGAUGUUGGAUGAGGCGAGAAGAAUUUUUGAUGAAAUGCCCCAAAAAAAUGAGAUUUCAUACAAUGCAAUGAUCGCAGGUUAUGUGCAAUGCAGGAAAAUAGAUAUGGCCCGGGAAUUAUUUGAGGCAAUGCCUUGUCGUAAUAUAAGUUCAUGGAAUACCAUGAUCACUGGAUAUGCUCAGAAUGGUAACAUUGAUGAAGCUAGGAAUUUGUUUGAGAGGAUGCCACAACGUGAUUGUGUCUCAUGGGCAGCUAUUAUAGCUGGUUAUGCUCAAACAGGUUACUAUGAAGAUGUUUUGCACAUGUUUUUAGAGAUGAAGCGAGAUGGGGAAACAAUAAAUCGGGCAACCUUUAGUUGUGCUUUGAGCACUUGUGCUGAUCUUGCUGCUUUGGAGUUAGGGAAGCAAGUUCAUUCGCAGGCAGUAAAGGCAGGAUUUGAGACAGGGUGCUUUGUUGGGAAUGCACUUCUUGGAAUGUAUUGUAAAUGUGGCAGCAUAGAAGAGGCUUAUGUUGUAUUUAAAGGAAUAGAAGAUAAAGAUAUUGUCUCCUGGAACACAAUGUUAGCAGGUUAUGCUCGGCAUGGGUUUGGCAGACAGGCCUUAAUGAUAUUUGAGUCGCUGAAGGCAUCGGGAAUUCAACCUGAUGACAUUACUAUGGUCGGUGUUCUAUCUGCUUGUAGCCAUUCUGGCUUGAUAGACAGGGGAAUGGAAUAUUUUCACUCAAUGGAAAGGGAUUAUGGUAUAACAGCUAAUUCAAAACAUUAUACUUGCAUGAUUGAUCUUCUUGGGAGAGCUGGCCGCCUGGAAGAAGCACAUAAUUUGAUGAAAAACAUGCCUUUUGAGCCCGAUGCUGCCACAUGGGGAGCUCUACUGGGUGCAAGUAGGAUUUAUGGCAAUACUGAACUGGGUGAGAAGGCUGCCGAGAUGGUUUUCAAGAUGGAGCCUCAUAACACAGGAAUGUAUGUCCUCCUUUCAAAUUUGUAUGCAGCUUCAGGUAGAUGGGUUGAUGUUGGUAAGAUGAGGCUGAAAAUGAGGGAUGGUGGUAUCAAGAAAGUACCAGGUUAUAGUUGGGUUGAGGUACAAAACAAGAUUCAUACAUUCUCUGUUGGGGAUUGUUUCCAUCCAGAAAAGAAUAGAAUCUAUGCCUUCUUAGAAGAGUUAGAUCUAAAAAUGAAGCGUGAGGGGUAUGUUACUAGAACAAAAUUAGUCCUGCAUGAUGUGGAAGAGGAAGAAAAGGAACAUUUGCUUAAGUAUCACAGUGAGAAAUUAGCUGUGGCAUUUGGAAUUUUGACUAUACCAGCUGGAAGACCAAUACGUGUCAUGAAAAACUUGCGUGUCUGUGAAGACUGUCAUAUUGCCAUGAAAUACAUAUCCAAGAUUGUUGGAAGGCUGAUCAUCUUAAGGGAUUCUCACCGCUUUCAUCACUUCAGUGAGGGAACUUGUUCUUGUGGAGAUUAUUGGUAAACGUGGUCAGAUAUGAGAUCAAUAGUCCUUUUACUCUACCAGCCUUUCUGCACCAGGGCAUUAAAAAGCAUUGGAAGCGAGAAGUGAAUUUCAUUGCGUCCUUGUCAUUGUGCAAUUAAUGUUUUUGCGAAGGAAUAAAAUAAGCUAGAGGAAUAUCGGUGAAUCAGGGUGAUUCCAGUCAUUUCAGAAUGACAAAGGGACUAUUUUAAUUGGACGCUUUCUUUAUAGUGAGUGAUGGGAGUUGGAUUCUGGGAUCUUUAAUAGUUGUAUUCCAGAAUGCAAAUUGGAGAGGCCUAGAGAAGUUGGAGAGAACAGAUAACAUGAAAAGAAUAAAGGAGAGUAUGGUAAAUCAUCGUUCUUUGCAAAAUCAUGUUUAUAGCCUCUCAUUCCUCGAGACAUUGGAGACGUGAAAAGGUAACUUCAUUUGGUCUAAGAACACGAGCCCAGAAUAACCAAAGUCUUAGCAAAGAAUCUGGUUCGCUGCUUCUGCUCGAUGAUACAUCUAAGCUAAUUGGAUAACCAUACAUGUUAUUCUGUUCAGUCAUUCAUGCGCGCCGUGGGUUUGUCAGACUGAAUAAUGAAGAUUACUCCUUCAUUGCGAGACACACUAUCAAACAUUAUAAAGAGCAACAUUAUAAUGAUCAAUAUGGCUCAAAUGCUUUCAACAACAGUUGUUUUGAUUUGAGGUGAGCUGUUAUUUUGAUACUUGCAAUAACCCAAGGACACUCCAAUUCUACUGCAUCUUUGUCUUCCUAGGAUGCUAUUCUGCGAGUUCUUAGAUAUAUUAUGGGUACUUUCAGAAAAAGGAAAGCCUGUGAAAGACUAUCCAAAAUUUCAGAAAUUUAAAUUGUUACGGUCCAUGAUUGGUUUUAUGUAUCUAAGAACUUAACAACUCAACGUAUGGCUAUAUCAAUUCUCAAAUUUAUAAAAGCUGAAUAUGGCCGAAGCUCUUGUGAAGUAUUUA